AUGAAUGUUACGUGUGGUUAUCAAUUUGUUAACCAUUAUUACGGUGUAAACGAAUAUGAUUUAACUAAAAUUUAUUUGGAAAAGUUUAUCUUACGUGUAUCAGACUCGGGAAAUGUAUGUAUGAACUUAGAAAAAUCAGGAAUGUCAAAAACACUCCCUAGUAAUCAUCGUGUGACAUCAUCGACAUCAUUCCAUACCCCCACAACACCGUUGACGGACGUUUUGUCGACUAGUGGUAGAGAUGGCAAUAAUACAUUAUUGGAAUUCCCUAAACUCAACCAACAAAUACAAAAUUCUAAUGUAUCAACAACGACUAAUGAAACAUCGUCCUCACCCAUACAACGAGAGGGAGCAACAGCAUCAACCGCAAGUGGAACUCGAUACGAGUCUUCUUCUUUCGUUCGUCGUCCACAACAUAAUUUUUCAGAACAACCACCAUUUUCAUCUGUAAUUAUUGGCACUCAACAAGAUAAAACGAAAACUACACCGAUAGUGACCAACUUCGAUGAACGUGUCAGUGACCAAUUACUCAAUUGUUUAAGUAUUCAGACGAAUGUUAUAAAGAAUUUGACUCAAUACUCACAACAUAUAUCAUUACAAUUGUCUGAAAUUAAGAAUACAGUUGAAAUGCUCUGUAAUCGAGUAUCAAUUCAGCAACAACAACAACAACAACAACACGUUCCUCAACAACCUGUGUAUCCUUACCCUACUUCGCAAAAUGUUUAUAACCAACCACAAUUAGCACAAUAUCAACAACAUAUUCGUCAACCGUUUCUUUCAACUAUACCAUCUAUGCAACCAUCACCGCCUCUAUCAAUAUCAGCAUUUCCGAGUUUCUCAACGCAACCUCCAUUCGCAGGCGUUUAUCAAAUUCCAGCAAUAACUCCUCAACCACCAUCUAAUGGAUCACUCUAUCAUCAGACAUAUUCUAUAUACCCUCCUCAGUCGAAUCAGUUUGGUGUACUAAAACCAUCACAAACAUUCGAAGUAUAUCCAACACAAUCUCCUUUGGCAACUUCUGUAUCAUCGAUAGGAACAACGACCACAACAAUAUUUCCUGGACAGGGCAUGCCAGUAUUUGGUUCAACGCCCAAAAAAAAUGACAGUGUUCAUAUGCCUGACGAGAAUGAUGAGGAUGUUGAUGAAUCAGAAAAACCGUAUGA